CAUUGGCUCUCUUUGCUGCAGUCAACAGGAAAUGAAGAACUCUGUCCUGAUAGCAGCUGUGCUUUACAGCUUCUGUUGGACGUCUGGUUCAGUUUCUGGGUCUGAGAUCCUGACAGUUCAUCCGGGUGAAGAUGUCAGACUGCAGAGCGCCAACAUGUUCCAGGACGGUUCAGUGACAUUCUGGUUGAGAGUGAUUAAUCAAACCACGACCAGUUGUAUCGCUGUGAUUAAUGGAGUUAGUACAACCAUUGACCACUGUGAAGGAUUUGAUAGCGGAUCAUUUGAAAUGACAGUAAACGUCUCCAAUGUUACACUCAUAAUUAAACGUGUGAAUAUCUCAGACACUGGAAUAUAUAUUUGUGGACGUUACCACAGUGCAAAUCUCAAGCUCACUGUGCAACAUUUACAUGUAAUCGAAAAGCCAAACAACAUGAUGCUGUUUGUUAUUCCUGGUUCCGGGAUCGUUGUGCUCCUCAUCAUUGUCAUCGUUCUGAUCAUUCAAGUGAUGAAAAUUCAAACAGCUGCAGAUGGAGACACAGAUCAACAUCAACAGGAGGUUCCUGACUCGACUGAACAGAGCCGCCCUGCAGACGCUGAGAAGAAGAGGAAGAGGAGAAGAGCGCCGCCAGAGCCGGAGGUCGUGUACGCAACCUCCAAGACACAUUGGAACAGGAAGUGAACCGCUGCCCAGAGUGGAACAGAAAACUCAUUAAUU